UGCGAGAAGCUGUGCUACGAGGCCGACCGGCUCCUGGAUGCCUCCCGGACUAAGGAGGAGACCGGAGACCUCGAUGCCGCCAUACUCAUGUGCAACAGUGCCGCGUCCAAGGCUCGCGCCGCCAUGGAUGCCCCGUACAACAACCCUCAGACCAUCACCUUCGCUCGUAUGAAGCACAACGUCUGCAUAAUGCGGAUGAGGAGUCUUCAGCGACGGGCUGUGAGCCGACAAGAGUCCUUGAAUUCCCACGGAUCCUCUGCAAGCGACGAUCAGGACUCCAACAAGAAUGCCGAUAUUGGACUGGAAGGUCGACACAGCCGACAGGGGAGCCGCGACUCGACCCGAAGUCGCUCUAGUGUGUCUCACAGUCGCCAGUCAAGCAAGGACAGUAAGGACUCCAUCAAGGCUUCCCACAGUCGCCAGAACAGCAAGGACGGCCUGGUAGAGCCAAAGUCUUCCCAGAAAAGCAUCGAGAUCUACGCCACUUUGCCCAAGAAGCACGGGAAGAAGAAGGCCGAAGCGGCCCUGGAGGCCUUGGAAAAGAGCGAGAAAGAGGCGGCCGAACAGCUGAAAAAGUCCAAGUCCAAGGAAAAGGACAAGGACAAGGACAAGAAGAAAGAGGAGAGCAAGAAAAAAGAGGAGAAGAAGGAAGAAACCCCCAAAGAAGACAAGAAGAAACUCCAGCGGACGCCAUCGGGGCCGACCUCCCCCGAGCCGCCCGGUAAAGACGCUGAGAAACCCCCGAAGAAGCAGCACAAGAUCCGUCGGAAGCUCCUCAUGGGAGGGCUGAUCCGCCGGAAAAACCGGAGCAUGCCGGACCUCCGGGAAGGCCAAGACGGGAACCCCGCCGAGUCCCCGGCCUUCGACGACGCCGGCAGCGUGAAGAGCCUCUCCAGGCCCAGCACUCCGUCGUCGGAAAAGUCCAACGGCUACCUCUCGGAAGGAAACUCCGAGUACUCUAAUCCGAACCUGGAGCGCUCGCGUCUGAUGCGCAAGAGCUACCACGGUAGUGCCAAAGGACUCCAAGCCGCCAAAGUGCCUCCCCCUGUGCCCGCAAGGACGUCGUCCAAGCUCACCAUCCGUCCUCGUUCCAACAGCCACGGUCGCAUCGAACGUUCUCUCAGAGUGGUCGACGGCUUUGGAAACUUGAACGACUCCUUCUGCAGCCAGAAUUCGGAGCCCAACGGCCGACCUCGCGAGAGCGACAGCGAACUCGAAGGCCGACCUGAACUCCCGCCCCGCGGUUACUCCCCCGUCUCUCGCGGCCGACCCGGUCGUCCCGACCGGGACGACAUUGUGCAAAGUGUACAGCCUCACUCCGUCCAACAGAGUACAAAUCCUUCUCCUUUCCCUCGUCCUCUUCCCCCGAGCCACAGAGCCGGCUCGGAAGCGCCCUUAAUG